AUGUUUACAUUAAGUUUGAUAGAAGGAUUACUAUUACUGAUAUACGUAGGAAUAUUAGUACAUGAAUACUCACAGUAAUAAGUACCCUUUUAUGUUAAAUUAUUAACGUAUACAUCGUGGAUAUUAUCGUUUGGGAUUGUUUUUAUAAUUCCGCAUGAUAUCUAUUAUACCUUAAAUGAUAAUGGGGAGGGAUAUGAUUAUGCAGUGAUUAUUUGGAAGUGGAUCUAUUGGGGUAAUUUUGUGUUGAGUUGGUUAAUUUUACCAAUAUGUUAGGAAUACGAAGAUGCAGGAGAAGUAACAUUUAAGGAGAAGUUGAUAAGAUCUUGUAAAAACAAUCUAAUCGCAUAUGCAUAUUUGAUAGUCUUGGGAGUAAUUUUUAUAGGGUAUUUGGCAAUAUUCAAUAAAUUGGAUUUUGAUUCAAUUUUGAAAUUGUUAGUUGCAUUGGCUUACGGAUUUGGCAUCCUCUUGGUAGUUAUUUUGUUGGGACAUGGUUUAGUCGCAAUACCACGGGCAUAUUGGAGAAAGUCAUAAUAUGAAAAGUGUUUGAGAGGAUUGUAUUUGGAGGCAGCUUAAAUAAAUCAUGCCAUAUAAGAAUUAUAUGAUCAAUUGAUAAAUUUGACUAUUGAAGUGAUUUAACACAAGAAUACUAAUCCAGAUUUAACAUUCCAUCUGUUCAAAAAUGGUUAGAUUCCUUAUGAGAUCAUAGAGGAAGCACAAUAUAAGUAUAAGGAGAGGAGUAGGAAGUUGGAACCAUGGCCAGAAGUCAAUAAGAGAGUAAAGAAGAAAGUCUCAGAAUAUAAGAGAGCCAAAACAAAAUGGGAACACGUAUGUUCUGAGUGUUUUCUUUUGGAAGACAUGAUCGAUAAUGAAUUUAGUGUUCAUUAUAAGAUUAGAUCAACUCUAAGGUAUGAGAGGUCUGGAUUUAUGGGACAUUAUUUGGACAUGUUUUAAUGGUUAUGGUACACAAAAAUAAAGAAGGCGUAUUUAUUAUCUUUGAGUGUGAUAUUUUGGAUUUUAUCAAGCAUCGUCAUAUUAUCAGAGAUCUCCUGUUUUACUUAAUUUGAUGUGAAUAUACUGAGGAGAAUGAUAAAUAUGAAUGGAUUCUUUUAAAUUUAGAUAUCUAUUUUGAUACCUUUGAUGUACAUAUCGUUUUGUGCGUUUUAUGGGUUGUUUCAUAUCAACUUUGCAGGUAUGUAUGCAUUUUAUAAUCAUUAAUAAACUGAUGCUCCAAGUUUAUUGUUCGGAUCAAUCAAUUUUUCAAGAGUUUCAUUUCCUCUUACUUUUAAUUUUUUGUAGAUGAUACAGAUAUCAGGCACUCCUUUUGAGGAUGUUAUAGGUAAUAUGGAUACAAGUUCAGUGUUGGGGAUGUCAUUUUCCUAUUCUUUGCCUAUAUUAUUGAUAUUGGCAUCAGUUUUCAAUUUUUUUGAAGUUUAUGACAAAAUUCUUUAAGGGAUAGGGUUGCCUUAGUUGAAGUUUUCGUAGGUUCAAUUCAGUAGUCAGGAAGGGGAGAGAUUGAUGUGUAGAGCGAGAGUAAAGAGGGAAAGAGAUAUAUUGAAUAAAGUUGGUAUAAAUUUUUGGGAUCAAUGUGAAAUGCGGGAAUUGGAUUGCUAAAUGAUUUAAAUUGUCUGA